AUGGUCAGCGAGCGCUACGCCCAUGACAUGAGAAAGGUCAAUCAAGGGGCGGGGAAGCACUGGUUCAUACACAUUCAGCAUACAAAGUCCGAGUUCCGUUCGCAGGAAGAAAGGCCGACGUUGUUGACUACAACUUCCAUCGCAGUAAACGACAAGACAUCCUUCACCGGGGUACGAGAUUACGGCACUUCUGUGGAUAGCUGGGAAAAUGAAGCUGUGGAAGAGAUGCGGUUCGGCGGAGGUUUGGAAGAUAUGGAUGAACUGUCAGAUGACGGGCUGUUUCCACACCCAAACUCUUCGAGGGAGCGCGGAGGCUUGCAGUUGAACAGAGCUGAGAAACUUCCACGCAUGGCGAUUGCGACGGAUUGCAUGACAGCAAUUAAUGAAAGAGCAUGUGCCAGACCACACCCAAUUCGCGUAAAAUUGCCUUCUGCGUCAUCUAUUCCAUCCCGCGUCAUGAUGAUCAUCGCGAACGCAAAUUCUGCGUCAAGCUGUCCUCACGGCAAAUUCAAAUUGAUGAUCGUUGUACAACAUUUGAAGACGAUGAAUGAAUUCACCGCGAAGAUGCUCGAAUACAACGAUAUUGAAUACUUUGCGGCACCAAUGACUCUAAACAGAGUUUCCCUCGACCGGUUGAUCUUGCAUGGGACAACCACUCGCAAGGUGGUGACAGACUGUAGGCAUAUGCAAGCUCAGGGAUUAAGCCUUGACUCAGAAAAUGUUCCAAGUUCUUGCACCAAGAGUAAUAUCGCAAGUAUCCUAAUACUAACCUGCUACCUGAAGCAGCAGGGACGCCGCACAACAGGACGUAAAAAGGCACCUAGGACCAAUGUUAACGCAUAUAUGGGCCUCAACGGCGAUAUAACAAACAGGGUGAAUAUUACGGUCAGUUUUGCCCCUACUAGACCUGUUGGUGAAAUGCUGAGCCUCAUGUACGAAAACCAUAUGAAAACUCACUGUGGAAAGGCUUUCAUUACUGGCAGCUACUGGCCUUGGUACACGAUAACGGUUGCACCAAAAUUGGCAGAGGACCUUUAG